UUUUGUUUAUUUAUUUGUUUUAUCAGAGUAGAGGGCCACACGCCCAGAUAGAGACGAAGAGGAAAGGGUUUCUAGUCACUUUGAUCAACUGAAGUUGGUUUGGAAUUGAACUUACACUUCUUGUGAGCUCUGAAAGCUUUGGGCUAUGAAGACCAUGGGGAAUGCAAGCAAAUCACCAUUUCAAGGUUUUCUUGAGGUUCUUCCACCUGUUGAAUUUGCCUGCGUCUAUGGAUCAUCUCUUCAUCCCAACAACCACGAUAAGACGACCAUGACAGAUUUUAUUCUUGGCGUGUCUGAUCCCAAGCAGUGGCAUUCUGAGAAUCUGAGAUUGAACAAGAAUCAUUAUGCAUCAUGGAUGGUGCACCUUGGUGGAGGGAAGCUGAUUACAAAUGUUGCAGAUAGAGUUGGUGUGGGAGUACAUUUCAACCCUUUUGUUACUUGGAAUGGAAAGUUUAUCUAUGCAGAUGUACAAGUAUGGAGUUGUUCGAAUGUUUGACCUAAUUAAUGAUGUACUGCAAUGGGAUAAAUUCUACUUGUGUGGCCGUUUACAGAAACCAGUUCAUAUUGUUGUUGAUAAUUUGGAUAUCAACAGCUGCAAUGCUGUUAACUUGAGAGCUGCAUUAUCAACUGCUCUUCUCCUUCUUCCAUCAGAGUUCUCUGAGGCAGAUCUAUAUGCCAAAGUGUGUAGCCUCUCAUAUAUGGGUGACCUACGAAUGUUAUUUGCAGAGGAUAAAAACAAGGUGAAGAAGAUUGUAGCUGGUCAAUUUGAUCUAUUCCACUCUAUGUAUCAGCCAUUUCUUGAAGAAUGUGAAGCUAAGAAGUUAUUGAGACUUUCAUCCACUGCCAAUCACCAAACAGUUGUCUCUCAGGAUCGUGACUUAUCAGUUGUUCACUCUUUAGUUUCUGCACUUCCUCGACCAAUCAGAAGUAGUAUCAAUAUGAAGCAAGAGAAGAAAUUGGGUGGAACAGGAAAAAUCGUAAAUGACAUUGCUAUCAGCUCAAGAGAACAGGCUGCGAAUUGCCUGGAGAGAAUUCUCAGGCGAAAAGUUAUGGUUUCAAGUGCAAGACAGGCAAUUUCCGGCUUGCUGGCUGUUGGAGGGGUAAAUGCUACCAAGUACCUUGCUAAGAAAGUUAAUAAAGCAUGGAAGUCAUGGAUAUGAUUUUUGCUGUAUUAUGGAAAAAUCAUAGACUUCUUUUGCAUGGGAAUUAUAGAGAGACUAAUCUUGUUACAUUUCCUGACUUCCCUUUUCACCCACUUAUUUUGUCAUGUUAUCAUGGAGGUUAUUAACCAAAUAACAGAUAGAGGAGUAUAGUUUGAUUUACUAAUACAUUCUGUUGUUAAAUCUAGCGGCACUUUUGACUGAUCUAAGUGUGCCCUUGAGGAGAUUGAAUAUUGAGAAGAGAUGUUGGGCAAAGGGAAUAUAAUCAGUGCAAAUAGCAAUAGCAUGUUUAAAUUCGCAUUUGCAAACC